GCAUCCAGUUUUGCUGCUCAUCAUCCAUCGUUUUUUCGUUCACAAAAGUCACCAGAAACAGAACACACAAUCGCGAACGGGUUCGUGUGGAAUGUCUGCUUUUUCGUCAUCCGAUCCGAGAGUUAUUAUAGUUUAAUUUUUCGCGUGUUUCAAUCCAUCGUGCGUGUUCUAUUUUGCUGCAGAAACGUUCACAGAUUUGGCCAGCGUCCCGAGGAAUAUCGAUUCGGUGGUUUAGAUAAAUCUGGAGGCCGAAAUUUUGAAUCUUUUUCGGUGGAGUUUGACGGUGAAUCGUCGCUUGUGUGUGACAGAAGGAAAGAAAAUUAUUUUUUUUGCAAAACGCGAUUAUGUGAUUGCUGUCGUUCGCUGCCGUGGUGUUUUAUGUGUGCUAACACUUCGUCAGCGUAUUCUGGGGCAUAAAACAAGUCGGCUGAAUAUAGAACAAGUUGAAGCAAAUCAUUGUGAACCAGUCUAGUGUGGAGCAGUGUCGUGAUUCUUUUUCUCGCUCAGUCGUUCUUUGAUUCUGUCGUCGGGAAAGCAGUCGGGGUAGCAGCCGAAAGUCGAAGAAUAAAGGCCCCACUGUGAAGUGUGAAAAGUGUUGAAAAAUUUACGCCAGGAUCCCACACGGGGAGGCACCAAUAACGUGCGGCGUUAGUGGGAAGCAAGUGGAACGAACCAAGGAGUGUUUGAGUUAGGGGCCUUUGGAUCUGCUGGGUGACACAUUGGCCGUGAGCAGGAGGACCAGCAGGAAAAAAACAAGAAGACCAUACACAAUAAACGGGGGGAAAACAAGAAGAAGAAGCAACAUACGGAACAGUGUCCCCAAAUACCUCGCUUGAGUGUGUGCGUGCGCGACGCAACUGUGUGAGAGGAUUUGUACGCGGCCUCGAAGUGAAAAAUAAUGAGUCGCCAUGAAGGUGUCAGCUGUGAUUCGUGUUUGAAAAGCAACUUUCGUGGACGCCGUUACAAAUGUUUGAUCUGCUACGAUUACGAUCUUUGCGCCAACUGUUAUGAAGAGGGAGCCACCAGCACACGACACUCUGCCGACCACCCGAUGCAGUGUAUCCUGACGAGGACCGACUUUGAACUGUACUAUGGCGGAGAGGUGCUCACGCCAGACCAGCCACAGUCAUUCACCUGCCCGUACUGUAAACGGAUGGGACUGAGUGAUUCCGCGCUACUGGAACAUGUCAGUUCAGAUCACCCCGACACCGGUCUGGAAGUGGUGUGUCCUGUCUGUGCGGCGCUACCUGGGGGUGACCCCAACCUGGUGACAGAUGAUUUUGCCGGACAUCUGAGCCUGGAGCAUCGGAGCGGUUCACGGGAUCUCAUCUCAUUUCUGGAUGAGCCUUCUGCUAUUCGACAUGGAGGCGUACGGAGGAUUCCUCAUUCUGGUCGGGCGCUGGGAGGGCCACGAUCGAGGCGAUCCAAUAUGCACUUCAGCUCAUCGGGCGGUGGUCUCUCCACAUUGUCUCCCUCUGGACGAGAAUCGGUGGAUCCCAUUGCCGAACUCCUGCAGCAGUUGUCCAGUGUUCGUCGCGGAGGUGCCCCGCAGCCAUCACAGCUUCAGCAGCUCCAGAUGCAAAUCCAGCUGGAACGACAGCAAGUAACGGCUGCUCGUCAACAGUUGGAGCGAUUACCACGGCGUCAGCAGCAACCAGUAGUGUCCUCCGCGUCCAAUGCAACCGGUGGCAGUAAUGCGGCUGGAAAUGCCAGCGCAUCGUCGCAGCAGUCCAGUUCUAUUAUCACACUCAAUGCCACAGGCUCCCGCGAUGCACCGAUCGCAUCGUCGUCCUCGCUUCCGAUGGUAUCGUCCGGCAUUGGCACGUGUAACAUCCUGGGUGGUGUGACGGCUGCUGCAGCUGCGGCCGCUGCCCAGCAACAGUCACAGUUCUUGAUGGCACGCUUUAUGGUGCCGACCCUGGACGAUGCCGAACAAGCACAACUGGAACGUGAUAGAGCUGAUAGAUCACAAUUUGUUCAAGCUUUAAUGCUAUCAACCAUAGCCAACAUCCAGUCCUUCAACAAGCCCGUCGAGGAAGACGUGACCGAUGAGUUGAAUUCAUUAAGUUUAGGUGUUGGCAGCAACAACAAUAGUACCGUAAAUAAGAAUGUAAAAAAAUCCAGCGGAAGCGAUGCCGAGGAACAGGAUGGUGCAACAAAUUUCAACAGCAAAGAUGAGGGCAAUUGUGAUAAUCUGAAACAGGUGGAAAGUGACGGCAGCUUGGCGGACGAGCUGCAGAGUUUGCAUGCUCCCCAGGUACUACCACGGGGUGGUUCUGGUCAGCAACAUCAAGGGAAGGGUAAAUCUUCAUCGAAAUCAGGCUCCGGCGGUGGUGGAGGUGGCGGUGGCGGUGGUCUCGACAGACGAUCACGCCAGCAACAACAGGCAGCCAAUGCUGCCAAAGCACGUGAGUUGAAACAGGCCAACUCUUCGGCCAACACGCCGUCAUCGAUGUCGUCAAAACAUGUUCCCGAUUCUAGGUAGUGUUGUAUUGCAAAUAUUAUUUAAAAUCACAGAGGUAAGAAUAUACAAGAUUAUUAUCAUCUAAAUACAGUACGGAUAAUUCACACAGUUUAACCACAAAAAAGGCAACACGAGACUUUAAAGAAAAAAGGCAACAAAAAACAACCACGAAUGAAAGAUCAAACUUUAACUAAAAUAUGAAUAUGAACAGCAGAACAUAAUUGCAAAAAAAUAUAACAUCUUAGGCAUUAUCAUAACUGUGUAAACAGACAAACAAGUAAUUAGAGAACAUUAUACCAGAAAAAAACACUAUUGCAAACAAUAUUUAUGGAUGCAACAAGUCACCAGUACGUUCUAAACUCUACUUAACUCGACCCAGAUCGUAGGCUUUGUCGGUGUGAUUAACAAUUUGAAAACCAAGUGUCAAAGCACUAUCAUUAGUGUCGAUGGCACACGAUGAUGGAUUGAUUGAUGCACGAAAAAUAUUUAAAAAAAAGUCUGUUACUCAGAAGUGAUUACCUACGCGACACAAAAAAAACGAUUAUCGAACACUUUGUAAAAAAGUUGCUUCUUCACUCAACAACACAUGCAACAUAAAAAUACGAAAGUGCUAACCGAAGCAAAAUGGUAGGUACGUACGCCAAUAUUGUCAUCAAUGGUUCAGCACGGUAUUUGCAAACGAACGAUCUGCACGCGGAAGCGGAUAGUCCAACCCAUGUCUUGUGUGAAUCUUCCUCCUCUGUUUGAUCAGCAAAUGACAAAUUCUUUAUUUGAGCAUUUGUUGAAACCGUUUGAAGACGCGUAGCAUACGAGACGAUACUAGAUAUUACCCUUCAAAUGAAGCAAGAAUGUUAUGGCAAAAAAAUGUGCAUCUGAGGGAAAAAAUAAACUGAUAACAUCUAAAAUAAUAUCAGUUUUAUCUUUAGGGAACCCUUCAAUAUUGUUUUAUAUUUUUAUAAAAUUUCGAAUUUUCCCCUAAAAUAAGACUUUGGCCAGAAAAUUGCAAGAAGAGGGGACAAAAGAUGAAAAUAAUAUUUUGUCCGGUCCAAACAGGUCAACAGAUAUGAGGCGAAUGUGAAUCAAUUAAAUGAAUGAAAUAAUGAAAGUUAGGCAACAAGUCAGCCAAGGAUAUACAAAAAUGUUACUUCAUAUAUGAGAGAUAAUGGUUUUAGCGAUUCAUUCUGGGUUGGAAGUUAGGCGGCCAAAAUUACUCUUGAUGCAAAGGCUAACAUUAACAAUAUGGUUCACACAAUAUGGUUCCAUUUUUUUACAUUUUUUUUUCAUCGUAUAAAACGCGGUGAAAACUGAAACGUUUAUUGAUCUAACCAGAUACUGUCUUUCUCUUUUGGCAUUUUUGUGAGCUAAAAUAGUCAAGUCUCUCUCAGAUCUCAAUUUUAUUUGGUGAAAUAAGUUAGAUUACACUACACAAAUAGAAAACAGUCAAUAGCCCAAUUCAUAGAAUACACUAAAAAUGUGAACAUCAAAUAUUGAGGCGAUUCAGUUGAAAACCCCACCUCACAUGGCUUAUGCGUUCGGUUGUUACUGUGUUCUAUACUAGUCUGAAGCUUAAUUGUAUUUCACGAGCAAGUUUAUCGAGCUUUUUUUAUUUUGAACUUAUGAGUUUUAAUUCCCGAACCCGAAAUAAUUCAAAAUAAUUAAACUCAAUUUAAUCUUGAAAUUCACAUUUCAGAAAUAAAAAAAAAAAAAAACUACCCAGUACGGAGAACCGUUUUGCUUUCUAAUAAGACUAAUAAGGUACAUAUAUAUCAAAAAGUAUUCGAUGCCUGUCAAAAGUGAUCCUGCUCGGCAAGCAAACUUAAACAUUAUUGAUCUGUUAAAUUUAAGUUGAUUUACGUGAGAAUCAAAUUUCAAAUCUUCUUCACGCACAAAAACAUCUCAAAACGCAAGAUGCAGGAAUUAGUUUAAACCAACUUUUCAUCUUUGCUGCGCUGCAAGCAGUGUUGAUAAAAAAUGAUUUCGGCAGUAAUUUUUGCCGUGAUUGUCCUUGAGUUUCAUUCGGGUAUCGUAAGAAGACUUCAAAUUACCCGAAGCAUCCAAAGCAAUAUGUAUUUUUCAUUUAUUUUCAUUUAAAUAGUCUACAUCUAAACAGAUAAUACUGAAUUAACAAUUUGACGCCACAAUACACGGUUCGAGGCCACAUCUCUCCAUCUCCAUCUCCAAAGCAAUAGGUAGCCUUGGAAAAAGUUCAAUCUUCGAAUGAACCGAUUUCUGAGUAAAUCUCCAGAUCAGGUUGGUUCCAAAAUACCUAGCUCAAAUAGUUCGAAGACAACAUUUGAAGAGGUGAUAUACACAGGUUUUUAACUACGUUUGUUCUACGUCGGCCUAUCUCCUUGCGAGUGAUAACCGUCAAGUCAACACCAGAAAAACGACUUUCACGCCUGAACGCUACAUAUCGUUACCCUUCGACAAAUUGGCCGGGCCCCUAGAUGUUAUAUCUAAGAAGGCAUAAACAGAUAUUUAUCGUCUUAGAAAAUGCCAACGGCGCCGAUCAGUAAAAGGCAGGCACGCUUAUCACUCAACCAACAUCUAGUGAUACUACAGUAUGUCUAUGUUUAAUGAUGUAUUUAUUAUAUACACCUGAUCUGUUGCCUAAAUUGCAAAAUUUUAUUUAAUCUCACAUAUAAACAGUCAAAGUCAAAGUGAACCUUAUUGAAUAAUACACCAUAUGUGUAGCGACAAGACAAAAUAUGUCCAAAUUAUUCAAACUCAAUCCAACCCAGAAGUUGUAAUAAAAUCGGUUUCUCAGAUCCCUUUUUUUUGGUUUCAAGUUUUUUCUUUUUUGUCUUUUGUUAUUUCCACUGCACACAUACCCCAACACAUUUACGCUUAGAAAUAAUUGACAUUCAUGGCAGAAACGCAAAGAAGUUAAUGUUAGGUAACGAAAAUAUAAAUAUAUGUAUGCUCUUGAAAUCGAUAAAAAAUAUCUCCAUUGUUAUUAGUUUUUAUUUUUGCUUCAUUUUACGUUUUAGUACCUAUGUCUGUUCCUUAGAAAAUUGUCGGCCAAACAAAUAAACACAUUUGUCAACUCUAUCGGCAGCAUCAUUCAGUCACAAGGUGAGAAAUAUACUUGCUUGCCUGGUUAAUAAUUUGUUUGUCGUUUAUUUUAUGACGUAUAAGUGGACUCCAACAAACUACCAACGCUUCGUACUCUAAAUUUUCCUUUUUGAAACUGCAACCAAUUAUAUUUAUUUAUUUGCAUGGGUACCGAACCACAUCAGAACACUAAAUAUGGUGAGUUUCGUAAUCGUAAAACGCUGAAUUAUUAUUAAACAAAAAUAUAGUGCUUGUAUAGAAAUUUGAAUUUUAAUAAAAAUGAUCAAUAAUUACAAACAAAUAAAAUUCAAUGUUAAAAUAAAUAAUAUACUAAAUUGG